UUUAAUAACAAACGAUUUUACUAAGACUUGUACAAAGUAUAUAUAUUAAUUCAAAUCAAAUCAAAAUGUCAAAAAAUCAAAUUAGUUCAUCUGAGUGGAAAUUUGAUGAACAAAGAGACAUAAAUGAACCGUUAGAUCCACAAUUAGCUAUUGAAGAAUUACGUACAUUGGUUAAAGGUGAUAAAUCUUUAAAAUCAAGAAUUGAUGAUGCGUUCAUGCUUAAAUUUUUGAGAGCUAGAAAGUACAAUAUUGAUAAAGCAUUUAAAUUGGUUCAAAAUUAUUAUGGGGCAAAAGACAAGAGUUCAUUAUUCACUUUAAAUGGACCAUCGAAGUACAAAGUAUUUUUAGAAACUGGAACACUUUUUAUGUUACCCAACAGAGAUCACCAUGGACGAGAAAUAUAUGUUUUUAGAAUAGAAAACAUUACACCUGAAAUCAGAAUUGAAGAUAUUUUUAAAAUUAACUUGAUGAUCCUUGAAGUUAUAUCAGAAGACCCGGAGACUCAGCUGGCUGGUAUAGUUGUAGUUGCAGACUUCACUGGAUUUGAGUGGCUGAAACAUUAUCAAUAUUUAUCACCUUAUUACGCUAAAAAAUCUGCAGAAGUUGUACAGGAAAAUUUUCCAUUAAGAUUUCAAGGAUUUCAUUUUAUCAAUGAACCUUUAUACUUAUACACGGUGUAUUCAAUAAUUAAACCAUUUUUAAAAGAAAAAUUAAAAUGUCGGGUGCAUUUUCAUGGAAAUAAUUUUAACUCGUUGCAUAAAUACUUAAGUCCCAGUAUUUUACCUAAGUAUUUCAAAGGAACUCUGGAAUUCGAACCAGUUACUUGGGUUCGACAAUUCUUGAACAAAGAGCAUUAUUUCGAAGAAAUGAAACAAUAUGGGUACAACAAAUAAUAUAUUUACAUCCUGUCAACUGAAUGAUCUACAAUACUCUCAAUACAGUUUUCAGAAUUCAAAGGAAAUUUAUUUUCA